AUGGGGAGCGCUGUGGAGGAGUUUGUGGAGCUGCACGAGGCGCUGCUGGGCGAGGAAGCAGCAGCAGAAAAAGCUGAGCUCGAGGAGCUGCUGCAGAGCCUCUCGCUGCAGCAGCUCGCGGACUCCGGCGUGGCGCUGCCGCGGCUAGUUGUGACUGAAGUCAGUUCGGGCCUAUAUGGCCGCACGCUGGUGUCAUUUACCUGCAAGCGUGCUGCUCUGCAGCAGCUGCACUCCUUCCCGCAGCAGCAGCAGCAGCAGCAGCAGCAGCACCGGCUCUCCCCGGGGGACAUUGUGGGCGUUUUCCCCUACGACAGGCCCAUUGCUGGCAGCAGCAGCGCAGUGGCCUCUGGAGUUGUCCACAAGAUUCUUCCUUGGGGAGUAAGUGUGGCUUUUGACGAAGCUGCUGCUAACACUUGGCUGAAGCAGCACGGGGGGGCCCCCGGGGGGGCCCCCCGGGGGCCCCCUGGGGGGGCCGCCCGGAGGGAGGGCCCCCCGGGGGGCCCCGCGGGGGCCCCCGGGGGCCCCUGGGGCCCCGUCUAUACCCUUUGUUUGGUGGCCAAUGAAGUUACAAUUAAAAGACAAAAAGCUGCGUUGCGCCGUUUGCUGCUGGACAGCUCCGAGAGCAGUCCCGCGCAGCACUUGGUGUCAGCGGUGGAGGCUUGCUGCUGGAUCGGUUUGCUGCUGGGCCGGCGCUGCGUAUUGGCUGGAGAUCAUCUGCAGCUGCCGCCAACAGUGAAGAGCUGUGGGGCCCUUUUUAAGGGUUUAGGAAAGUCUUUGUUUGAGCGGCAGCAGCUGCUGCUGGGAGCUGCUGCAGCGCAGCAGCUGCUGUGUCAAUUCCGCAUGCACCCCCACAUCAUGCGCUGGAGCAGCAGCUGCUUCUACGGCGACCGCCUUUUUGCUGCUGCUGGCCUCCACGCCCGCACCCUUGCUGCAGCAACUCCUGCUGCUGCUGCUGCUGUUGCUUCCCUGCUGCCGGUCGUCUGGAUAGACACCGCGGGCAUAUCUUGGCUGCAGGAGGACGAGCUGGGCCCCCCGCGCCCCACCGCUGCAGCAGCAGCAGCAGCAGCAGCAGCAGCAGCAGCAGCGGGGCUGCGCUGCUCGCGCAGCAACCGCGCAGAAGCAGCACUUGCACGGAAAUACGUGCAGGAACUUGUCGAAGAUUUUGGAAUUCCUCCGAAAGAAAUUGGAGUUAUAACUCCUUAUGCUGCUCAGGCGCAGCUGAUUCGCCAGCUGCUUGCUGCAGCAGACGCAGCAGCAGCGCGCAGCAGCAGCAGCAGUAGCAGCAGCAGUAGCAGCAGCAAGGGGGGGCUGCUGCAGGAGGUCUGCGUGCAGACUGUGGACGGGUUCCAGGGGAGGGAAAAAGAAGUCAUUAUUAUUUCUCUUGUCCGCAGCAACAGCAGCAAACAAAUUGGAUUUCUUGAAGACUCCAGAAGACUAAAUGUUGCUGCUACCAGAGCCCGCAGCCACUUAGUCAUCAUCGGAGACUCGGAGACUGUAGCCCGCGCCCCCAAGCAAAGCCCCAGCAGCAGCAGCAGCAGCAGCACCAGCAGCGGCAGCACCAGCAGCACCAGCAGCAGCAGCAGCAGCAGCAGCAGCAGCAGCGGCGACUUGCAGCUGCCGGAUGUCCGAGAGGCUCUUUCUGUGUUAUAUGAAAUCGCCUCCACUGUGGGGUCUCUUCGAGUUCCUUUUGAGUUCAUGACUGCAGCAGAUGUCCCGCCCCUGACGGAGAAGCAGCUGCAGCUACAGCAGCUGCUGCAGCAGCAGCAACAGCAGCAGCAGCAGCAACCAAGGCCAGCGAGCAGCAGCAGCAGGAGCAGCGGCAAAGGCGCUGCAGCGGCCUCAGCUAACGGACAGCCUCGCGUCCUGAAGAAACAGCAGGGGAACCGCUCUGCUGCUGCUCCUGCUGCUCUUGCUGCUGCUGCUGCUGCUGCUGCUUGCGAGAGUGCCGGGGCCCCCCAAGGGGCCCCCACUCCCCCUGAAGAUACCUUCAUGAGGGAGACGCGGCAGCUGCUUGAAGAUCUGCGCCGCAGGGCCCUUGGGGGCCCUCUGGAGUCUAAGGGGGCCUCCGGGGGCCCCCUGAAGUCUGAGGGGGCCCCCAGGGGCCCCCUAGAGUCUAAGGGGGCCCCAGGGGGGCCCCCGGGACCUGAGGCCCCCGGGGGCCCCCCGGAGUCUGGGGGCCACAGGGGCAGCCCAGAGUUUGGGGGCCCCGGGGGCCCCCGGGGGCCCCCUAGCGAAUGGCAUUAUUCAUUUCCUUCUUUUCUUUCUUCUUAUCAGCGGCUGCUGGUCCAUCAGCUGGCAGCAGAACUGCAGCUGGGGCAUGAGUCUAGGGGAGAGGGUCUUGAGAGGCAUGUGGAGGUUUGGGUGAGGGCGCCUGCUGCUGCUGCUGCCGCUGCUGCUGCGGGGGAGGAGGGAGCAGCAGCAGCAGCGGGGGGCGCGCGCGGGAGCAAAGGCAAAGGGGCAGCAGCAACAGAAAAGAAAAGGCCUUCGGAAGUGGAGACAGAUGAAGAGACACAAGAAGAAAGCAGCAGCUCGCUGGAGCUGCGGACUUCUGGGGGAGAAGAUGAAGCAGCAGCGGCAGCAGCAGCAGCAGCAGCAGCAGCCUCCGAGCCGCAGCAGCAGCAGCAGCAGCAGCGGAAGCAGGGGCGGGGCAGGGCACGCAAGGGCCGCAAGGCUGAAGCGGGAAAGGAGGAGGAGAGCGAGGAGGACUUAGAGCUGCUGCUGCAGCAGCAGCAAGCAGCAAACAAGCGCUGCAGCAUGGACGCAUGCAAAGAAACAACAGACUGGCUUGGCCGCAGCUGCCCCCACUGCAGCAGCAGAUUUUGUCUGCAGCACGCAAUGCCGGAGGUGCACGGCUGCGGCGCUGCUGCUGCUGCUGCUGCCAAGAGGGCCUUCCGCGCUGCUGCUGCAGCAGCAGCAGCAGCCCCAGCAGCAGCAGCAACACGCAGCCGCGACCCCCUAGCCAGACAAAUACUGCAAAAUAACUUGAGAAAAAGUAUUGAACAAAAGGCCAAAGAAAGAACGCCAGCAAAAGAUGGCAAAAAGAAAAAAUAA